GAUUGGGUGACGUGCCAGACUCCGCCCCUUAGCGGAAGCGCCGCAGAUCCCGUCUGUUUGGUGUGAUGGAGAUUCUGGAGUUCAGGGUUCCUGUGGAGAACAACAAGACUCUGUUUGUGUGGAACAUCGAACCGAAUCUCACUGAGGCCCAGAUCCAUGUCCAGCUAUUUUCUGUGUUCUCAGCCUUCGGUCCUCUCUACCUGCUGAAGGUGAGUCCGAACGCUCCGCUCCACCCUCCAGGGUUCUACGCGCUCAUCAAGUUCUACUCUGCAGUUCAGGCUGCCGAGGCUCAACGGCUCACGGACGGAAAAACGCUGUUCCAGAGCUCGCAGCUGAAGGUGAGGCUCAGCUCCAAACAAACUCCUCCCCUCAUGGCCGGCAGCAGCAGACCUCUAAGCCACGCCCACUGCCUGGAACUGGCCAAUCACUGCCUGGGAUUCAACGGCUGGACCUCUGAGAUCAUCACGCUGAAGGAGCUCACCAACGAAGAUGAAGAAGAAGGUGAAUGUGAAGGUGAGGAGGGCGAAGUCAAGAAGCUGAGGAUGGGCUGUCUGCUGCAGCUCUGCUUCCCCCGACACCUGAGGAGCAGCAGGGGAGCUGCAGUGCUGGAGGACACCUUCACCUGCACAGGUGCUGAUGUUGUCCUGCAGAGGCGCUGUAGGCUGCAGAGGUUGGUCAGAGAGAAAGCUCUGGUUCAGGCCUUCACCGCUGUGCUGCUCAUCCUCCUCGGUAACGGGAAGGUGAUGGUGGAGGUGAAGCAGAGCUCAGAUCACCUCCUACCUGACGACACCGAAGGAAUCCUGCAGGUGAAUGAGUUCUCCUGGGUGGAUGUUCCUGCAGAUGAAGAUGUUCCUGCAGAUGAACAGCUGGACUUUACAGUAUCAUAGAAUCUCGCCUGCCUCCCAGCCGGAGUCAGGUUCAGAUUCCCUCCAACCACAACGAAGCCCUGCACACAGCACAGACCAGUUCAGUCUCCCAAAAUGACUCAAAAGUUCUUAAAAAUAACAAAACCUGUUAAAUGUGACUGAAAUUGUUAAAAAUGACAAAACCAGGACAGAACAAGAUGCUUCUUGAUAAUCAGCAGCUCAGUGACCAUCACUACAGUCAGACGACCAGAGGACAUGAACGCCUCACGUGGCCACUGGGGGGCGCUAGAUGACCAGUAUCCUGUCAUCCCAGUAGAAGAACUUUGUGGAGUUAAACAGGACUUUGGAG